AUGAUAACGUUGGAACACAUAGCUAAUGAACGAGAUGAAGAAAGUCCAUCUGCUUCGGAUCUACUUUCAAUUUUACAAGAUCAAUCAACAACAUUCAUAUUGCAUAGUUUAGAACCAAUUCUUGAAGCACUUUCAAUAUUAUCGAAGUCCAUGCAAACAAAAAAUGAUGACUUUAAUCAACUUGAACAAUUUAUGUUUGGAACAUUGUUGCGAUUAGAAGAAUUGAAAGACACAUUAUCAUCUAAUUAUUUUAAUCUUGAUCAUAUUACACGUUCAACAAUAAGAACAAAUGAAAUUAAUUUAGAAGAACUAUUUAAGGAUAAAAUCGUCAAAUUUAUUAAUAAUAUUAUAUCAAACAUUAAAGCUCGAUUUCAAUCAAAAGUAUUAAAAUUUCUCAAUUGUUUUCGUAUAUUUGAUAUGUCUGAAGUAACUACUGAAGAAGAAUAUGUUAAAAUUGGAAUGAUUAGAGACAUGUAUCAACAGUUAUCAUUAGCUACUGAAAUAUUUUUAUGUGCACCGAUUAGUACAGCAACAGUAGAACGUGAUUUUAGUACAAUGAAUAGAAUAUUAACUGAUCUACGAAAUCGUUUAACAACAGAACAUUUAAAUUAA